GGCAAAUGUAGCGCGGGCGGAAGGAUCGCCUUUCCAAGGCUCCUCCCAGCGUUGAGACGUAUUUCGGUCGUCGCGCCACGGUGCUCAUGACGACUGAGUUGGACACCGUGUACGAUCCCGAGCCUGAUCCUAUGGCUAGGGACCCGAUUGAGGCGGAGCUGUGGUCUGAUCCAGCCGACCUAGCAGUGGAGUCAAAGCCCGAAGAUUCUAAUGAUGGUCAUGACGAUGGUCCUCUCGCCGAGACGUUGCAUCCUCGGACGCGUGCUUUCACUGCAUCCGCUGUGCCGCGUCCCCCUCCCCCUCCACCUCUGCCUUCGAGUGCUCCUGCUUCCACUGCGGCCGCUGCGCAGCAUCCCCCUCCACCUACAGAUCGUCCUGGACAUGACGAGCAGACGACUCGGGACAUUGUUGACGAGGGAGACGACAACGACGACGAUGACAGGGAGGGGUACGAGGGCAGCAGUGAGGACGAGGAUGAUCCCAGCUAUUCCCCACCAUGCGGACGUGGUGACGACGACGAUGACGGUGGCGAUGAUACACAGGCUGCAGGUGGUUUGCGGACGUCGGCUCGACAGCGUGCCGACCGAUGCAAUGGUGCAGGCAAGGGAGGCAGUGGUGCAGGCAGGGGUGUGGGGGGUGCACGAAACAUAGGGGGUGCAGGCCGUGGUGGCGGAGGACGGGCAAGGCGAGAGUCAGCAUCGUCCACUCGCACUGUGCACUGGGUUGAUGAGGAUGCCGCGGCAGGAGAGGUUGGUGCCGGGUCGGCAGAGGUUGGUGCUGCAUCGGCAGAGGCCGCUGCAGAGGCUGCUCCCUCCUCUACAGAGUUUGCAGCGGCGUCUGAGGAGGUCGCAGGCGGGUUUGCAGAGGUUGCUGGCGAGGCUGCACAGGUUCGGAGGGCUUCUGCGCAGUUGGGUGCCCGUUUCAGUGGUAUUUUGGAUGUUUCGUUAGGGCUUCCUCCGACACCGGCAGGCGAGCGUGGCAGUGGUGAUGCGGACGCAGCGGCCACGCCCGUCGGUCAGAUACUCCGGGACAUAUCUUCAUGCAGCAUGGGCGACAUCAGUAGCAGCAUGUUGCAGGAGGCAGCAGAGGGGACACAUGGUUCGUCCGGGCAGCAGGAGCGUGCAGUAGGGAAUGAUGGGGAUUGUAGACCUGUGCACGAGCGAGCGCCAGAGUCGGAGCAGGAUACGAUCAACCGCGAGGAGAGGGAGAGGGCGCAGGACUUGGCUAGCCGUUGCGAGAUGACACAUAGUAUUGCGUCGAGGGCACGGGCAAAGCGGAUGCUCGAAACGGGCGGUAGUGAGGGUCAUCGUGCGACGGACGAUGCAAUGCUUGAGUGUGGCAGUGUGGGCGGUGGGGAUGCAGGCGAGAGACCCGCGUCGCCGGGUCAGGGUGUUUGUAUAUUGCCUAUCGGUGGAGCCACGACGGCGGGGGAGUUGGAGUGGCAGGCACGGGAGGACCCAUUGCAGGCAGAUUGACGCGGACGGAUGGAUGAGGCAUCGAGGAGGUUAAUGGCAGAGGGCCCGGCUUACGUGCCGUGCAGCCCGUCAGU